AUGUGGGGCCAGAUGUGGGAAAUGAAGAGCCUCCAUUUCCUGGAUCUAAUUCAAAAGCAACACAACAGGACCAGCAUCCCUGCAAUUAUAACUGUGCUUGGCUACCAUACGUCAGCUCCUGAUCUGAGAACGCACAUUCAGAAGAUGAGGAGAAUCAGGUUAGCCGACUCUACUGGGUUCCUUAGUUUCCCCACAGCAGCUGCGAAUCGAAGGAGAUCAGGCUCUGGCUCUUACCCUAGCUGCACGACUGGGUCUUCCAGCACAUUAUCUGUGGUUGAUUUGCUCACCAGCUAUGUGUGGGCAAGUACAGCGGAACAUGAUGGAAGCUGGAGAUUCAAUAGAUUCAAGUUGAGCCAGGACUGCGAGGGUGUUUCCACUCACUCUCCACCUUCUCUCCCGUGGAAAUACCAGGCACUUCCACCCCUCCACUCAACUCAAACCUUGUACCUUGCCAUGAAAACCAUGAGAAAGGCAAGCAUGCAACAUCUCACUUACAGCCGACAUAAAAGGGAAGUGACUCUGAAAUAUAGACCCUCUUGGCCGCUGGGGAAGAUUUAUGUGGUGAGGAUCACUCUCCUUGGAGUGGUACUGCAGGAAAUUGCUACAAAAAAGAUGGAAGUAAAGGAGCCCAUCCCAUAAAAUCAAGGAGACCCAGCAUGGUGGAGGAGCCAGCUGUUACUUCCCAGCGCCCUUCAGCAAUUUGUUGAGAAGGCCCUAGCCAUG